AUCAUGAAAGGCCUCCAAGUGGGUGCUGGUGAGCAGGGAAAUGCCUCCUUGAGCCAUCGUCCCUCCAGUCCUCCUGUGGACCUACAGGGACAAAGAGUGCUGCGAGGCCAGGAGCUGCAGCAGCCCUACAGUGAUCCCGUGUCCAGAAAGACACUGAUACCAGGAGGACAGCAGCAGCAACAUGCUGAGCUGGGGCUGCCCUGGGCGACAGAGUACGUCCCCGCCAGGAGCUGCCAUGUCGUCCUUCGGGGUAGGUCUGGGAUGUUUUACCUCCCCCAGCACGGUGACAUUAAAGCCAACAUCUGGUGCAACUGGACCAUCUGGGCAGGCCCCCAGAAGCACAUUGUCAUCUACGUCCAGGGCUUUCAGGGGAGCGAAGUCUGCGGGAAGAAUCAGGACAAGAUGAUUUUCCAGGGCGUGCUCUCAAGUGUGGAGACCAAAGUGGUGUACGCCUGCCACAACCGAGGCACUCUGAUCUUUGCUACAAGAGCCACCGUGGUCCACGUGUUAUUUCUGUCCGGGGGUGGCUCCCGAAGCAGUGAAUACAAGCAUUUUAAGGGACAGUAUUAUGUAUUUGUAGAUGAUGAAGCUGCGGGUUCUUCAAAUGAAGUGAUGGCUCCCAGAGAGCCUGUUCAGGAGAGCUGGAGGACAGCGGUAACAAAAAGCUUCCUGCCCAUGCUGGGAGCUUCUCCGAGCCCAUCAGCUGUGCCUCCUGCAGACAGGAUCAAGCCUGAGGUCACAAGCUCGGAUGAAGAAGACCAACACCUUCCUGACCUUGCCGGAGGUGCCCAGCCUGGCGCUAGCCUGGACAAACACGGUGAGCUGCAGGAUGACACCAAGAUGGGAAGGAGCCCUCAGGAUGGUGGCACCGAGGGGGGAGAACCCAGUGAUAUGUUGGUGGCUCCAGCCAGAGGCGAUGCUGGGUGUGAAGCUGAGCAACCGUCCUUGAAGGCUGCAAAGGGGGAUGCAGGGCUGGUAUCGGCUCCAGUCACUGUAGCCCCACGUAGCUCAUCUGGUGUCCCACCUUCAGAGGUGCCCAGCAGCACCGCAGGCCUCUCUGCUGACUUCUCUAACCUGGGUCAGGCCCGUGGCACGCUGGCAGCAGAGGUGGUCACCACACUUCACCUGCCAACACUGGAAAAGCCACCGCUAAACACAACUACACAACCUCCUCUCCAUCCCUCUCCUGGUGUGACUGCUGGAGGUAUGGUGUCACCACAGGGAACACAUGAAGACCUCUCUGAUCUGGCUUCUGUCCUGGCAUCCCUGGAGAACGGUACAGCCCUGCAGUCCCUGCACCAUCCAGGCGAUGUGCUGUUUGAAGUAACGACUGAAAUCAAGCACAAGGAGUGGAUCUCUCCUGGUGGAAACGAGCUCAGAAAAGAUCUUUUAGAGUCCAUUAAGAACCACAUCCAGCAGAACCUGAAACUCUCUGCCACCAGAGUCAAUGAAAUAAAGUUAAAGGAAGUCAAAAGGAUGAGCAAUGCCAGCCUGCUGCUCACCUUCUGGCUGCACCUGAAGCCCCAGGAGAGAAAUGUGUCCCUGCUCCUGCAUUCCCAGCUGGAAGAGCUGCUCGGUGCCUCGGUGGGGGUGGAGAAGCUGCAGCUGGUCUCGCUGCUGGUGGAAGAUGUGAAUGAGUGCAGCUCGGGAGUCAGCCUGUGUGGGGAGGAGGCAGAGUGCUUCAAUGGUGUGGGCACCUACUUGUGCCGCUGCAAGAAGGGCUACGAGGACCGUUCUCCCACAAAAUCUGGCACGCUGUGCGUCCGUGUUCCCGCAUCAGGGAUGGGCUUCCUGCUCCGACAUGGUGACAUCCUGGUGGGGGCGGCCAUCAUGGCCUGCCUGGCGACGCUGGUGGCCACCGCAGCCGUGUGUGGGGCAAAAUGCUGGGGACAGCGCCCCAGGAGGGACCCGGGGCCUGAGGAGCCACCGGAGAGGCCUGCGGAGGAACCGGUGAUGGAGCUGCAGGACCUGGAGGACUGCCUGCGUCUUGACCCCUUCCAGCUGAAGCUGAGGGCCAGGCCCCCGGAGUGGCUGUGGGGGGCCCGUGCCCACCCUGGGCAGGCUUAUCCGGUCUUCUUGGAGCAGUCCCCCCCGCUCUAGGGGGGCUCUGACACCCUGCUGGCCACCAUCACCUCUGCUGUUGGUCCUGUCUUCCUCAGCUACGUGGCCCCUCCUUGUGUCUUUUGUGGACAAACACCUCUCUCACAGUCGUCUUUGUCUUACUAUUUAUGACUUUUAGAUGCUUGCUCACAGCACUCUGUCCUCUCCCAUGUUCUCUUCUUGAGAUUUGUGUGGAUGUGUCAGUACAUGGAAAAAUAAAUGUUAUUUUUUUUAAGGAAAAAAAAUAAGGAAUGAGAUGUCUUGCUACUUAAUUUAAGGGAUUAAUUAAUCUUGUACCUGUGCUCUGUCCUGCCUCCUUUCCUCUGCCCAUCAUGCAGAGCUCUGCAGGAAGCCAGGGCAAGACUGAAGCCAUUGACCAAAUUCUCAGCUUCUUGCACCAUGGGUGAGAAACAGGCUGGGGCUUGACUGUAAGGUUUUGGGGAGUCUUCUGCUCUUUUUGAGCAAUGGGGACAACACUUUUUGUGCUUUUGUGAAUCCUUGUUGCUGAGCAGCCACUUGCAAACAGCAACACCCACCACCCUAUCCUCCUCGCUGGCAAUAAAGUGCAGUUGUGUCCCCAA